GGCUCUAGCAUCACCCUGUUAUGGGAGGCCCAGAGCUCCGCACUGAGGAGGCCCCCGUCGCUCUGCAUUGAGUUUUCCAUCCUCCUGCUGAGUCCGAUGUCACCUGCCAGUGGAGAGGGAGCGUUGUGGGAUGGGCUGGGAGGGCAGUGGGGCUGAGUACCCCUGUGCUGCAACCCUGCACUCCAUCUGCUCCCACCCCACAUCUUCCCCAGAAACACAGAGGGACCAGUCAUGGGCUGGGACCUGCUGCUGGCACCUGGACAGACACCUGGGGACAUGGUCAACCUGUGCACGGACCAAACCAGAUCAGCAACACGAGCAAUUACUUUCCCUCUUGCUCCCGUAUACCCGGGAAGAUGGAAGAAAGCAGGGUGAGUCACCCACCAGAGAGGGGAGCCAGGGACGAGACCACCCACUGCAGACAGAGUGGCGACGGAGCACGGCGGACUCCGGCUUGCUGGUGAUGGAGAGUGUCUCUUCUUCCCCUUCACCCUUCUCUGCUGCUUCUCCCACUGUGCCGUCUGAGAACGCCACCACCCAUGACUACUACUCCGGCCUCCAGAAGAGCAUGCAUGUCCUCUCCAUGGUGGUGUACAGCAUUGCCUGUCUGCUAGGGGUGACAGGGAACGGCCUUGUCAUCUGGAUCGCAGGCUUCAAGAUGAAGAAGACAGUGAACUCCGUCUGGUUCCUCAACUUGGCCAUCGCUGACUUCAUCUUCACCUUUUUCCUGCCCCUCAGCAUCGCCUACACCGCCCUGGACUUCCACUGGCCAUUCGGGAAGCUCCUGUGCAAGCUGAACAGCACCAUGGCGUUCCUCAACAUGUUUGCCAGCGUCUUCCUCCUGACGGUCAUCAGCAUGGACCGCUGUGUUUCCGUGGCCUUUCCCGUCUGGUCUCACAACCGCAGGAAUCCGGAGCUGGCGGCCAGGAUCGCGCUGGGCACGUGGGUCCUGGCUCUUCUCCUCAGCUCCCCAUACCUCGUUUUUCGGGACACCGUGGUAAGUUCCAGGAACAUCACCAGCUGCUAUAAUAAUUUUGCACUGUCUGGUGACUACACAUCUGAGGCUACGCGGAAGCUGUGGAGGAUGCGGCACAAAGCAAUGAUCAUCACGCGAUUCUUAUGUGGGUUCCUCAUCCCUUUCACAGUGAUUCUCAUUUGCUACAGCAUCGUUGCUGUCAAGCUGAAAAGGCGGCAGUUAGCCAACUCUGCGAAGCCAUACAGAAUUAUUAUUGCUGUCACAGUCUCAUUUUUCCUCUGUUAUUUCCCCUAUCAUGUCUUCUCCUUGCUGGAAAUAUCCAAAAACUCUUCCAGUCACGAGAUGAAAAUGGCUCUUUACAUUGGGAUCCCCUUGGUUUCCAGCCUUGCUUUCUUCAACAGCUGCAUCAACCCCAUCCUGUACGUAUUUGUGGGGCCGGAUUUUAAGGAGAAGUUUCGCCAGUCCAUCCUGUCGACCUUCGAAGGGGCCUUCAGCGAGGAGUCGGUCCUGGGCAGCCUGACCAGCAGGAGAAAGUCCAGGUCUGCUUCGGAAGCGGAGAUCCCGAGGGGCUGAGCGGGCGCUGGUGUGGAGAAGGCAGUUCUUGUUUUUAUUUCUUUCCAAUUUCCCCUCAUUUCAGAGCUAUAAUCGCAGGGCUGGGAGCUGCAAAGGGCUGUGCAUGCUAACAAAGAGUGAUUUGACGUUUUGGGGGUAUCUCAAACCUACUAUGACUUCAUAUACUAUAGGAAUUAAACAACCAUGUGGAACAGCAGCAAGGUGGGAAAGUCAAAGUACAUUUUGCUCCUUGUGCCACUUCUUUGGCUGCCUUGUUUCCCUCUGCAUUUUCCAUCCCCUAUGGUCCAUCAUACAUAUUUUAAAGAAAGAGGGUUAAAUGAAAUGGCCAUGUGUAUUUUUGUAGGGUCUCCAAUAGCUAGUAAGGCAUUCAUCUUUUCAUUCCCCAGGAAUGAAAGCUGUCAGGACAGCUUAUUGGUUGUGCUCCACUUACUCAGGUUUGACAUACAGUUUCUGAGCAAAGCUUGUCUGUGUGUGUGUUUGACAUGUUUCCAGCCCUUAAAUAGCAGAAAUCUGACAUUUUCUACUGUUGGUGAAUGAAUAUUAAACCCCAUUAAAGUUAUGUAAAAUGUACCCAGCCUGUUGUAUUGCCUGUGGGAUAAAACUCUUGUUGAUCCAA